CGAGCGUGUUGGGGGUUCGCAGGAGGUUACUCACCAAGGCCGGUGACGGCUCCAUCGUCCUCGUCCGUGCACUCCAAGGACUUUAGCCCGCUACCCCAUGGCGCCUUCCACAUGGAUGGCCCUUGUGCUGCUCUUCAGCCCCUUCAUUGGAGCGAGCAUGACACAGGACACAUGGACCAGUGACUGCGACGGUGUGUGCGGGUCGGCAUGGGCAGGAACGUGCGUUGUGCCGAGCGUCAAAAACAACGAGAUAGACCCUGCAUCGUCCUCACUUCCUGUUACACUAUCGUCUUCCUUCCACUGCUUGCCCUUAUCGGGAACUUCGACAGCCAUGCUCACAAUCAAUGCCAAUGAUUCACUCAAUGCAACCAACCACGCCUACAACGUUCGCCACAUCAACGUGAACUGGGCCAAAAUCAACGCCACAUCAGUUUCUUUGUCUGGCGUCGGUGGCCGCGACCUCGUGGCCCUCACGUUUCCCACGACCAACCCCUGGGGUGACCUCACACAUCUUUCCAUCAGGCACUUGAAUGCGUCCGUUCUCCCUCCAUUUCCCUCCACCCUUCGAACACUGAACCUCGUCGACUGCCAACUUGAGGACGCUCCUUCCCCGUUGCCGCUGCACCUCACGGCCCUAGACUUGACGUCAAACUUUCUCCGGUCGUUUCCCAUCAGUAUUUAUGCCUUGACGUCCCUCACACACCUCAAUUUGUCCAACAACCCGAUUCCACCGCAGUCGCUCACGCUUCGCGACCUUGCGUUUACCUCGACCCUCGAAUUCUUUCAACUCGACGCAACGUCUCCGUCGAUGGCCCCGCACUUGGUUCGAGCCGAUCCCGCUUCCCCAUCAUCCGCCUCUUCGUCCAGCCUCAUCGUGGUGCUUGUGGGUAUUGGCGUCGGCCUUCUCCUCCUCGUUGCAGUCUUUCUGUACGUGCUACGGCGCCGGCAGCUCCGAGACCGACAGGAUCGUCAAAUCCAAGAUAAUCCGCUGACGACCAUGGACCACAUCUACCAGGCAGCGUUCGCCGGCGCCAAGCACAAGCGUCCGCUACACUCGAUCCUCAAGCAGUCGUCGUCGUCGAUGUCGCUCGCGUCGGAAAAGGUAUCUGCCUUCCACGCGAGUGUCACGGCCGACAUCGAGCUCGCCCGCGUGCGGUUGCAGCUCGAUUCGCUUGUGUGCACCCGCCUCCUCGCGCACUCAAGGACGCAUUUGCAUCAGAUCUACCUCGGACAGUGCGAUGACCUUGCAGUCGUUCUCAAAAAAGUCGCGACCACAUUGUCUGCCGACGAGAUCGACGCGGCGGCGACGCACCUCAUGGACGAAAUGCGCAUGCUCGGUCGCCUGCGCCACCCACACGUGGUCAAUUUGAUCGGGGUCGCAUGGGACGACAUGCACACCCCGGUCGCGGCCACGGCCUGCGGCGUCAUGGAAUACAUGAACCAAGGCGAUCUCCGCUCGAUUCUGGACGCGGCGCCUCUCACUUGGACGGACGCCAAAUUUGCCAUGGCACUUCACAUCGCGAGGGCGUGCUUGUAUCUCCACACGCAAAACCCCGUGCUUAUUCAUCGCGACCUCCGCGCUCAGAAUGUGCUCGUCCAUCGCCCUCUGAACGACCUGGACGACCAUCCAGGUCUUGACGCAGCCGAUCAUGGCGCGGACAAGACAAGCAGCGUUCGGUUUCUGUGCAAGCUGACCAACUUUACGUCCGCCCGCGUCCGGUCGUACGUGGACACGAUGACAUCGGGAGUUGGCAGCGCCAAGUGGGUGGCCCCCGAAGUUCUCCGAGGCGACGACUACUCGGAGCGCGUCGACAUGUACUCGUUUGGAGUUGUCUUGUGCGAACUCGACACACACGCGCUGCCGUUCGCAGACCGCGCGACAGAUGUCGACUCGACGCGCGGAGGCCAGAGGUCGCUCGUCCAAGACAUCAUGACUGGGAAAGCUCUGCCGCAGUUCACUCCAACGUGCCCUGUCCCGAUUUUGCAGCUCGCCAAGCAGUGCCUCCAACUGGACCCGGCAAAUCGACCCACCGCCCGCGCCGUCGUCGACACACUGGAGCGGAUCGUCCAAGAGCAUGCUUGGGGCGGGCGCAACGGUGACGGCAUAUACGUGUGAGGUCAGGUGGAGAUGUAACAGAUGAUUUAUUGAGCUUCAAACACAAACACGUCGUCCAUUUCGAAGUUGGCAGCGUCGUCGUCGUCCGAUUCAUCUUCCUUGUCUUCGUCCUGCUCUUCGAGACAGAGGCGGUCGAGGCUGAGCCGGUUGUCUGUGUGAGACGACAGGCGUUCUCGCCGCAGAGACUCCAUGGAGCGCAUGACUGCAAGAGAGGGGGACUUGGACAAGUCGUCGGAGGCCGGGAAUGGCGCCGUCAUGGUCGCGGCGUGGCGCGGCAUGUGCAAGAAGCCGACUUGAGCAGGACACGAACUGGCAAACUGCACAACAGUUUCUCGUCUAGUUGACGAAGAUGAGGAUGAAGGACGGUCGAGAUCUAGCGGAGGGGGUGGAAGGUGCAACGGCGGCAUGGGAUGCGCAGACAGAAAAGUCGAGCUCGGGUCUGGGAGUGACCCAAUCAGAGGGGUGCGGGGAGCACUACGUUGUUUCGACGAUGACGCGAGAUGCGGAGGCAAGGCCAUCAAGUGACGCGGUGCAGGGCACGAAUGCGCUUGCGUGUUUGUGUGAAGGUUGGCGGAAGAGGCAGACGUCGAGGACCCCGUCGGUGGAUGGAUAGCAAUUGCGCGACUGGCUUCUUUGGGUCCAUGCAGCGCAAUAACGGAGGACGGCGACAGAGUACUGCUACUCAUGAUAUGAUGGACGUCCCUCGGCACUGAUACGUGGUGUGACCGUUGGAUUCCUUGUCACGACGCGGCUGGAGCAGUGGCGGUGUGAUCGGCUGCGCUCUGGUUGCCGCUCUCUCUUUGGCAGGUCGACC